AUGUUGAAUGGUAAUAGUAAUGUUGAUCGUGAGCAUGAUGAUGAAACAUCAUCGAUUAGUUCAUCUGUUACGUAUCUAUCACAAACAGCUCAAUCACCAACACCAACAGCAAAAACGUCGCCGUUAACAAGAGAUUGGGUUCGAUUAAAUGUUGGCGGAAAAUAUUUCAUGUCAACGCGAUCGACGUUGUGUAAACAAGAAUCAUUUUUAUGCCGUUUAUGUCAAGAUAAACCAGAAUUGAAAACAGAUACAGAUGAAACGGGAGCCUACAUGAUCGAUCGUGAUUCAAAUUAUUUUCACAUAAUACUGAAUUAUUUAAGACAUGGCAAGCUGAUUUUAGAAACUAACUUAGUCGAAGAAGGCGUAUUAGAAGAAGCAGAAUUUUACAAUAUCCAGCCAUUAAUUGAAUUAGUUAAGGAACGUAUUCGAGACAGAGAUAGACGACGAGCAGAUUCCGAAUUAGGCGUAAGUCUUUUUGUUAUAAUAAUUCCACUAUUCAUUGCGAGAUAUAUUAGCUGUAAUUGUUUUACAAAUAGCUUUGG